AUGAGUCAAAAUUGUGAAGUGAGAGAUAUAAUCACAAAUUUUUUCAAGCGUCAAACCACUUCAGAUUCUCCUCCGCUAAGCUCUCGACAAAGUCCAGUUAUUCACAACGUCGAUGAUGCCAAUCCUUCUCGACCAUCAAGUAAAGACAAGAUGUUGGAUUUGGGUCCUCUUGAAUCCGAUCAUGCUAAAAGAAAACAAAUUUCAUCUUAUUCUCCUAAUCUACAUGAUAGAGUGAGGAGAUAUUACAUUAACAAGAGUCCAUGUAAACCUGAUGAUCAUUUUGUUUUUCCAAUAACAUAUUUUGGUGGAAAACCACGUUCUUGUCAUUCUGAUUGGUUUGGCACUUCAUAUUCUGGAUUGUUAGAAUACAACAUUAAAAAAGACGCAUCUUUUUGCUUAUGUUGUUAUUUGUUUAAAAAUGAGACGGGAGGAUAUGGAAAACAAGUAGGCGAUCCUUUCACAGUGGAUGGUUUCAGAAGUUGGAAUAAGGGUUUAGAAAGACUUAAUAAACAUGUGGGUGAGGUGAAUAGUGUUCAUUAUCGAUGUUUCAAGAUGAUGCUAGAUUUAGAUAAUCAAGCACAAUCUAUUCUAACUUGUUUUGACAAGGAAAAUGAGGAAACUAAAGGAAAAUAUCAGGUUCGCUUGAAUGCUUCGAUUGAUGUUGCAAGGUUUCUUUUAAAAGAAGGAAGGCCUUUUCGAGGCCAUGAUGAGAGUGAAACUUCUUCAAGAAAGGAAACUUUUUAG